CAAAUCCCCACCCAAACCUUCUCUCUCGCGCGAACCCCACCCUGCCCUCCUCUCUCUCGCGCAAACCCUAGCGCUGCACUCCUCCCUUGCCGCCGCCACCUCCGGCACCAGAUCCUGGCUGCCGCUUCUCCCUCUGACCUCACCGCUGGCGCUCCCCCCUCUCCCCCUCCCUCACCUCCCCUCACCUCACCGGAAGAGAAGAGGGAGAUCGUGCGCGCGAGCAGGUCAGGCGGUGGCGGCGGCUCCCAGAUCCGCAAGGGCUUGGACCUGGAGCUCCGUCCCCAUGGCAGCGGCUAGCGUUCCUCCCGCCACGCCGCCGGCCAGCAGCAGCAGUAGAUGCCGCCCGCCGCCAUGGCGCCGCCGCAGGCCCCUCCGCAGGUCAGAUCUGUCGAGUUCUCCCGGUGCUCCCACCCCGGCCCGCCACCACCACCGGUUGCCGGUCGCCGGAGAGGACGCCACCACCACCACCACCAUGGCACCCCCGCGCUAUCUAGAGUCGUCAAGCACCAGAGCGACGCCGUUUGUGAAAUAUUUGGACUGCGGCCCCAUCCCCUCGCUCACUGCUUCGAUCUCUUCGUAUGCAGCCGUCGGCGCCGCGCAUUGGACUGCGCCGGCACCGGGGACCAUUGGAUGAAUUUUUCUUUUUGUCUACAACGCUGACGGAACCAUUGCUUAAUUUUGUGCGUGUGUAUAGAUUUUUUUAUUUUGUUGGCUGUUGCAACCCAGCAGCGGUGCUUCCAUUUUACCGUAUGUACUAGUGUGCUAAAACUUGCAAAAGACACAAAUCUUGAGCUUUCUUUAUCGGCUUGCUGCUGCUGCUCCUUGUGUACUAUGAUUGAUGUUGCUGUAGUUAGUGUUGUAGAGGAAGAAAGCGGAUGUAUUUAGAUUACUUGCUUCUGCUGCUUAUAUAUAGACAUGUAUGUAUGUUUACUUCAUUUCUUCCUUGUCUCUCCUAUCUCCUCCUAAUGAAUUUGUUUGUUCGAUUUGGAUUAGCAAGCUUGUCCCUGGACCAGAUGUUCAAGUACAGUCUCAUCCAUCGCAUCAACCUGGAGUCAGGUGAAUGGAGCUUGUGUCGUUGGUAGAACUCCGUUGAUGACUUCUUCCUAUGUUGAAGAGCAUGUUCCGUGGUAUCCAAGAGUAGCUAGCUUUACACUGGCAGAGCGUUUUAUUUGUCGAUCGCAAUAUUUGUGAUUGUGUGGAAUAUUGUAUGGUUAUCUAGGUGAAGUUUGAAGUUCCUGGGCAUGCAAUAUUUGACGGUUAAACUAGUUGUUGUGAUGUGAACGAGUGUAUGGAGUUCCAUAUGUUCUGUUCCGUACAGAAUGUAUUGUAAUAAACCUAUUUUGGUUGUUAUUUGAAGAUUUUCAUACGCUUC